GAGCGGCAACUCAAAUGUAUCAAUCCCGUUGGACCAAAAUCUUAGAGCCUUAAUAUUGAGCCCUAAUCUCCCGCACUCUUACCCUAGAGUAGUCUGGCCAUGGCGGAUGUCAUGGAUCUGCCUCCGGAGCCACUCCCCAGGGACACCGCGGAGCGGCGCAAAGGGGGAGCUGCCGACGACGCAGGCGACAGCAAGAGGCGAGGUGAGGAUGAGAGCAGGCAGGCAAGCCGUCACGACAAGCACAACAAGCGGCGCAAGAGCCUGUCCCCGCCUCCCUUGCCCCACCGGGACCGACGCCAUUCCCCCUCCCGCAGGUCUCCUGCCGCCCACAAGCGCUCUCGACGGGAUGACGACCGGGGAGGUUAUGAGGGCGGAAGGGAUGGUAUUCUUGGUAGAGGCUAUGGUGGUGACUACGGCCGGCAUCGUUCUAAUGAGUGGUCCGGGCGAAGCAUGUAUGGUGAUGCCUACCCUCGCAGGGACGGACUCUUGUCUUACAAGCAGUUUAUCGUGGAGCUAGAGGACGACAUUCUUCCCGCUGAAGCCGAGCGCAGGUAUGAGGAAUACAAAGCGGAAUACGUCUCCACUCAGAAGCGAGCCUAUUUCGAGCAGCACAAGGAGGAAGACUGGCUACGGGAGAAGUACGAUCCGUCGCGGCUGGACUCCCUUAUGGCUAGGAGGAUUGAAACUGCGAAGUCUAGUGCACGGGACUUUAUUUUGGAGCUGCAGGCUGGAAGUUUGGACAUGACGGCGGCUGCUGCUGCUGCUGGUAGCAGAUCCACCGCAGAUGUUGAAACGGACGACGACAAGAGAAUGGGGGGCCGUCAGGCGGAUACUAUCCCACGAGCACAACACGCUUCCUCGGAUUUAAAGAGGGUGGCCAUAGAUAUAGAACAGGCGCAGGCGCUGGUUAAAAAGCUGGACACUGAAAAGGGUGUAGAAGGAAACAUCCUCUUUUCUUCUGAGCAACAGAACUUGAGCAGUGAAACCGGUGGUCCUAUUGUUAUAGUUCGAGGGGCUAACCAGGUGAAGGGUCUCGAGGGCAUCGAACUGCUGGACGUAAUGCUCACGUACCUGUGGAGAGUCCACGGUUUGGAUUACUACGGAAUGAUGGAGCUACGUGAGCUGCCGAAAGGGUUUCGACACCUCAGAGGGGAGGAGAAGGCAGGCGAUGACAACGCACGGGCUGAAUGGGAAAAAAAGCUGGACUCUACAUGGCAGGCACGAUUGCAGGGCCAGGAUCCCGUAGAAGCUAUGCUUGGCAAGGACAAGUCGGAGGCGUCUAUGUCAGAAGCGCUUGAACCCUACGUACGAAAAAUAAGGGACGAAAAGUAUGGAUGGAAGUAUGGGUGCUUGGCUACUGGGUGCUCGAAGCUUUUCCAUGGACCAGAAUUUGUACACAAGCAUCUCAAGCUGAAGCAUCCUGAGAUUGUAAACGAGUCCAUGGCCAAACUCCGACGAGAGCUCUACUAUCAAAACUACAUGAGUGAUCCUAAUGCUCCUGGCGUGGCCUCCGUGCAAGCGAACCAGAGGGACAGCAGGCUGCACAGGCGUAGGCCCGGUCUGUUGGGAAAUUCGGAUAGGAGUCGAGGCCGUGGCGAGGACGUGGAUAAAUCGCCGGCUGGAGAUUAUCCAUAUGAAGGGGCCGGACCAGCGUCAUCGGAGCAGCCAAUGUUUGAUCCUUUUGGUGGGACCAACAUUCACGGGGGAGCAUUUGGUUCGGAAAUACCUCCUCCAGUGUUGAUGCCUGUGCCUGGCGCGGGGCCCUUGGGUCCAUUUGUCCCUGCCCCUCCUGACGUGACCAUGCGCAUGUGGAGAGAGCACGGCGGCGGCCCGCAGCCUUUUCAUCCCGCUCCAUUUGAUCCUUCAUUUGAUGGUGGUGACCGUGGACGAAAGGGACGGGGUGUUUUGGAGACGCCGCAGAUGGUUCCUCCAGUUAGGCACGACCCUCGUCACAUGCGAAGCUAUCACGAUCUUGACGCGCCGGAAGACGAUGUUACAGUGAUUGAUUAUAGGAGCAUAUAGUGGAGGCCAGCCUUUUUCUCUCUCUCUUUCAGAACUGUAUUUUGUAAUGCUUGCGGCGGGAACUUUGCAUACACGAGUCUAACAAUGGAUAAAAUUUGACUCUAGCUCAACUCUAUGAAACAAUCGAAAACACAUUCUUGUCUGCUACCACCUGCAAUCACUAUCUGCGUGUGCCUGCUCCCUCUUGGACAUUAUUCACAGCGCGGUAUCGGCAAAGUAUCUAGCUUGCGGCGGGAACUUUGCAUGCACGAGUCUAACAAUGGAUAAAAUUUGACUCUAGCUCAACUCUAUGAAACAAUCGAAAACACAUUCUUGUCUGCUACCACCUGCAAUCACUAUCUGCGUGUGCCUGCUCCCUCUUGGACAUUAUUCACAGCGCGGUAUCGGCAAAGUAUCUAGCUUGCGGCGGGAACUUUGCAUGCACGAGUCUAACAAUGGAUAAAAUUUGACUCUA